AACUGUUUUUCCUCCCAAAAUUUCAGCUUUAAAAGCGGGCCUUUUCUUUUCACGGACUCUCCAACUUUAGAGGAGAUCGAGAGACUGACGCGUGGCCCCACCCUCCGCUUUCCCCUCCCUCCGCUCCGGGCACCCCGAACCCUCGAAAACCCCGCGACCGCCGGGCGGCCAAGAAACCAACCACCAUCACCCGCCGCCGCCGCCGCUAUGGCCACCGCCGGAGCCUUCCACGCCGGCGGCCGCCUCCUCCUCCCGCUCCGCCGCAGCCCCCACGGGGCCAGCCCCUCACCGUGGUCCCACUUCCGCUCCCAUCUCAUCUCCUCCAAGCCGCCCCUCCCGCCGCCCCCGCCGCCGCGCCCUUACCCCGUGGGGUCUGCCUUCGGGCCCCCGAGCAGGAAGAGCGGAGCAGUGGGAGCCGGGACCGGGGUGGGUGUCGUCGGGUGGUACCUGGGCCUCCUGGACGCGCGGCCCGUGCUGACCAAGAGCGUCACCGCCGCUGCCAUCUUCACCGCCGCGGACCUCUCCUCCCAGAUGCUCACACUUGGUCCUGAGGAUUCACUUGAUUUCCUUAGGACCCUGCGUAUGGCUAGUUAUGGGUUGCUGAUCUCAGGACCUACCCUCCAUCUUUGGUUCAACUUUGUCUCAAAAGUGUUCCCAAAAAAGGAUGUAGUGAACACACUUAAAAAGAUGUUUCUGGGGCAAGCAGUUUAUGGUCCAAUUAUUAACUCAGUUUUCUUCUCGUACAAUGCAGGAUUACAAGGUGAGACUGCUCCUGAGAUCAUUGCAAGAUUGAAGAGGGAUUUAGUUCCGACAAUCAAAAGUGGGCUCAUAUAUUGGCCGCUUUGUGACUUCAUUACUUUCAAGUUUGUCCCUGUUCAUUUACAGCCGCUAGUGAGCAAUUCCUUCUCGUUUCUUUGGACCAUCUACAUAACAUAUAUGGCCAGCUUAAAGAAAGCAGAUGUGGAGGUGGCCACAAGUUCGUAGUUGUUGUCGAUGCCUCAAUAUGGCCAUUACAGUCUUCAUGGAUGUCACCCUAAACUACGAUGUUAUCUGUCAUUUAUCAAUCGACAAUGGAAGACAGAGAUGGAUUGCUUCCUAUGCAUCCUCCGCUUUUAGUUAGGGUGUAGUUUCCACUUGCCUUCUACUUGCCUACGUUUUUGGCUUAAGCCUUUUUAUCUGGAUGAUAGAAUUACACUAGGCAUCUCUUCUAUCUUUCCAAGGUCUUCAACCCCACAGCUCAAAAACUAGCAUUUUUUAAUCAAAUUAUCUGUACCUACUUCUGGAGCUGUAAGGUGAAUUUGUUCUUUCUUUGCGAUAAAGGAGACCAGACAAGAUUUAUGCUUCUAAA